AUGCUGCCAUCCAUGCUCUCAAAAUCAACAGCCUCGCCGUCUCCGGCACGCCUCUACCGCCUCCUCCCCGUCUCGUCCCUCCAAACGACCAGCCAUCUCCGGCCUGCACCCAAUGCCGCAUCUCCUACCCGAAGCCCCGCCUUCCUCUCCCCGUGCCCAUCUCCGUACAGCCACAACAACUACGCCACCAUCCUCCGAUCCUGCGUCCUCUCCAGAGCCGUUCGGCCCGGUCGGCAGCUCCACGCCAGGCUCCUCGUGUCGGGCCUUGGCCUCGACGCGGUCCUCGCCACCAGGCUCGUCGAUCUCUACGCGUCCUGCGGCCAUGUGUCUCUCGCCCGUCGCUUGUUCGACGAAAUGCCCAAACAGGGCAACGUCUUCCUGUGGAACGUGCUCAUCCGUGCCUACGCUCGCGACGGUCCACGCGAGGCGGCAAUAGAGCUGUACCGCGCGAUGCUGGCAUAUGGCAGCAUGGAACCAGACAACUUCACGUAUCCGCCGGUUCUCAAGGCGUGCGCUGCACUCCUGGACCUGAGCGCUGGCCGGGAGGUGCACGAUCGUGUCAUGCGCACGAGUUGGGCCGCAGAUGUGUUUGUGUGUGCAGGCCUCAUCGACAUGUACGCCAAGUGUGGUUGCGUGAACGAGGCUUGGGCAGUGUUUGAUGGCACCACAGUUAGGGACGCCGUGGUGUGGAAUUCAAUGAUUACAGCAUGUGGGCAAAAUGGGCGACCAGCAGAGGCGCUCGCUCUGUGCCGUAACAUGGCGGCUGAAGGCAUUGCGCCAACGAUCGUCACUCUGGUGAGUGCGAUAUCAGCUGCAGCUGAUGCGGCUGCGCUGCCUAGAGGGAGGGAGCUGCAUGGGUACGGUUGGAGGAGAGGGUUUGGGUCACAGGACAAGCUGAAGACUUCCCUUCUGGACAUGUAUGCCAAGAGUGGUUGGGUUACGGUGGCGCGUGUUCUCUUUGAGCAACUCUUGCACAGGGACCUUAUUUCUUGGAAUGCCAUGAUCUGCGGAUUUGGGAUGCAUGGCCAUGCUGAUCAUGCAUUUGAGCUCUUUAGCAGAAUGCGGAGUGAGGCUCAAGUGAUACCUGACCAUAUUACUUUUGUUGGGGUCCUAUCUGCUUGUAACCAUGGAGGAAUGGUACAAGAAGCAAAAGAAGUAUUUGAUCUGAUGGUGACUGUAUAUUCCAUCAAGCCAACAGUGCAGCAUUACACCUGCCUUGUAGAUGUUCUUGGUCACUCUGGUAGGUUCAAAGAAGCUUCUGAUGUUAUUAAAGGAAUGUUGGUGAAGCCAGAUUCAGGGAUAUGGGGUGCACUGCUAAAUGGUUGUAAGAUUCACAAAAAUGUUGAGCUAGCUGAACUAGCCCUGCAUAAGUUGAUUGAAUUGGAGCCUGAAGAUGCUGGUAAUUAUGUGCUUCUAUCAAAUAUAUAUGCUCAGUCUGGGAAAUGGGAAGAAGCUGCAAGGGUGAGGAAGCUGAUGACCAAUAGAGGCUUGAAAAAGAUAAUUGCUUGUAGCUGGAUCGAAUUGAAAGGGAAGUCCCAUGGGUUUCUUGUGGGUGAUGCUUCUCAUCCUAGAUCAGAUGAAAUAUAUGAAGAGUUGGAGCGAUUGGAAGGUCUCAUCAGUCAAACUGGCUAUGUGCCUGACACCACGCCAGUUUUCCAUAAUGUGGAAGCUGAUGAAAAGAGGAACAUGGUAUGGGGACACAGCGAGAGGCUGGCCAUUGCAUUUGGACUCAUUAGUACACCCCCUGGGACAAAGCUGCUUGUGACAAAGAAUCUUCGAGUUUGUGAGGACUGCCAUGUUGUCAUCAAGCUGAUUUCACAGAUUGAGCAGCGUGAAAUUAUCAUAAGAGAUGUUAACCGCUUCCAUCACUUUGUAAAUGGUGAAUGCUCAUGCAAAGACCAUUGGUAA